CUCCAAUCUCCAACGGUCAUAUUUUCCCGACAUGCUCCAACGGCCACUUGAACUUGCAUCAUCCACCAUCUGAUCAAAAUCCAACGACCAGAAAACCAGUUUCCCAAGUCUUCUCGAACACCCCUUUUCACAGUAAUCAUAAUUUUUUCCAAGUGCUGGUAAAAACCAUGCCAGUCUUAGAAAAAGCAAUGACUGAGACAGCUAUGGAAGGUAUACUACUAGUAAGAAACAUAGUAGUAGAGAGAGAAGGGGCGAGAGAGAGAAAGAGAGAGAAGAACAAGAACCAAAUGUUUUAUUAGUAUAUAAAAACACAACCUCGUUAUGUUUUAUGGUUUCUUUGGUUAGUGAGUGAAUGUUAUAUUUCUUUGUUGAUCAUGCAUUGUUAAAGAGGUGGGGUUUCUGGGUUCCGGUUUUGGUUUCAUUUUAACUACCGUGAUGGAAACUUCAAAUGCUGAACUGGGUUUAAAGAGUUGUGUUGAUUUCAGCCAGCAGUUUGCGCAAGUAUGUUUCUGCGUUUCCUUCCAUGAAGUGAAUAUUAGAGUUGAUUGUUUGUUUCAAUGAGUUUGUUUUAAAUGUGUUGGAAUCCGAUGACUGUUUUAUUAUAGGUGUUGUUUUGUAUGAUUGAUUAGUUUUACAAAUUCUUUCAUUCUUUUGUUGGGGUUGGGGAGUUUUCAUUGCCUAGUCUUUUGUUAAAUAGUUGCAUACUAGCUCACAUUGUUCAUACAGGAACACUAAACACAAUUUACGAAAACUUUGUUUUUGUUUCUUUUUGUUACUCAUCGGAUUCCUGUUUAUUCUUUUUAUUGGUUUCUUAGAAAAAGAAAAAGAAAAUUCACACACUCACAUUAGUCCAUCUCUCUUGAUUUCUGUUUUCAAAUAUACAUGCAAAGUUUUAUAUGAUUACAUAGAACGCAUACACGAUAGAGCAAGACCAUACAUUUCAUAGUUGAAGAUUUGUUAUAGAAACAAAGAGAGAUUGGGAGAGAAGAAUAGAAGAAAAUAGGGUGGGUGAAUCAAACAAAAAUCACAGAAAAGAAAAAUUGGAAGUUUAUAGAGGAUGUUGGCCGGGUGUUCUAGUUCAACAUUGCUGUCACCAAGGCAUAGAUUGAGGAGUGAAUCACCUGCGCAGUUUCAAGCUUGCCAUUAUCAGUUACCUUCAAUGAGCACACAGAGAUUGGACUUGCCAUGUACUUUCUCUCGCAAAGAAUCAUCGCGGUCGCAGCCAAUGAGGCCUGUUGGUGUUGGCUUGGCUGUGGACAAAUCACUUGAGUCCAAGACCAGCAGUUGCUCUCUCAUGCAGAAUAUCAGGCUCCCACCAUUGGCAACUAGCAAUCAAUCAGUGAAAGAUGAGUUUUGGGAGAAGGGUAAGAGCUUGAAGAGGUUUGCCGAGCAAUCAGUUGAUGAGUCUAGCUUUAACAGGGCUAAGAGAAAAAAGGGUAACAAUGAUAACGGUAAAUCUGAUGAUAUUUGCGAAGGUGAUAGUUUGAGUUUAGGCCAGUUGGGUAGUGGCAAUUCUUGGUUUCAACCAAGUUUGGAGGUGCCUAGAAGCCUAAACCCUCAACAAUUUCCUUUCUCUUUGACUUUUUCAGGAGAUGAGGAGAGGGUUUGCUUUGUGCCCAGUGAAGUGAUUUCACCGCCUUUGCCAUUGUCUAACAAUCCAUGGGUGGACUCUGUUAUAACUGAGAUCGCUGACCUGGGUGAAAAAUAUGGAGAGAGUAGCCAAAGGCCAGUAAAAGAAGCCUCGGGUUCAAGUACUUCAUCAGAGAGUCAAAGCUUGGGCCUUAGACUAAGCGAGAACGUAGUGGAGCACGAAGUGGGUAAGGGCUCUAGCAAUCCUCCUCAUCCACAAGAAGGCGCGGUGGAGGCUGCAGAGGAUGAUCAGAGAGAGCAUCAGGGGUUUGAGCUGGUCAGCUUUCUUACAGCUUGUGUUGAAGAGAUUGGGUUAAAGAAUAUUGCUAGUAUCAACCAUUUUAUAGCUAAACUGGGGGAGCUUGCUUCCCCCAAAGGAAUUCCUAUUAGCCGCCUUGCUGCUUAUUAUACCGAGGCAUUAGCUCUUAGAGUUACAAGGAUUUGGCCUCACAUUUUUCAUAUAACUGCUCCCCGGGAACUUGAUCGGGUUGAUGAUGAUUCAGGGACUGCAUUGAGGCUUUUGAAUCAAGUGAGCCCAAUUCCGAAGUUCAUUCAUUUCACGGCGAAUGAGAUGUUGUUGAGGGCUUUUGAAGGGAAAGAUAGGGUCCACAUUAUAGAUUUUGACAUUAGGCAAGGGCUUCAAUGGCCUAGUUUGUUUCAGAGUUUGGCCUCCAGGACUAAUCCUCCUAGCCAUGUUAGAAUCACUGGUAUAGGUGAGUCUAAGCAAGAGCUUAAUGAGACAGGAGAUAGGCUUGCUGGAUUUGCUGAGGCAUUGAACCUGCCUUUCGAGUUUCAUCCAGUUGUGGACAGGUUAGAAGAUGUGAGGUUGUGGAUGCUCCAUGUGAAGGAGAGGGAGUGUGUGGCUAUUAAUUGUAUUUUCCAAAUGCACAAGACACUAUAUGAUGGGAGUGGAGGAGCACUGAGGGAUUUCUUGGGGCUUAUCCGGAGUACAAACCCCACAAUAGUCCUUCUGGCAGAGCAAGAAGCGGAACAUAAUGCCCCUAAUUUGGAAACAAGAGUUUGCAAUUCGUUGAAGUACUACUCUGCUAUUUUUGACUCGAUUGAUUCUAGCCUUCCAUUUAACAGCCCAGUUAGGAUCAAAUUAGAGGAGAUGUAUGCUCGGGAAAUUAGAAACGUUGUUGCUUGUGAAGGAAGUGACCGGCAUGAAAGACAUGAAAGUUUUGACAAGUGGAAGAAGUUGAUGGAGCAAGGAGGGCUCCGGUGCGUGGGAAUCGAUGAGAGGGAGAUGCUUCAAGCCCAAAUGCUAUUGAAGAUGUACUCUUGUGAUAGUUACAAAGUUAAGAAACAAGGGCACGAGGAAGCAGCGCUUACUCUAAGUUGGUUAGAUCAACCUCUCUACACAGUCUCGGCGUGGACACCUUUAGACAUUGCAGGGAGUUCAACCUCUUUUUCUCAGCCACCUUGAAGAUUUUUUUUCAUACAUGUCAUCAAAAUUCCAUACCAUUCUUGCAUACUGAAAGGGGGGACACUAAAUUCUUUGUAGGUAGAAGAAGCUGUGAUUAUUCUUUCAUUCUUUUGUUGCAGAUAAGAUUCGUCAGUCUAAUAGCACAAGAUACAUUUGUAUGAAUACACAGUAGUUUCAUACCGAUUUCAGUUCUUUGCGGGGCAGGUUUCUAGGUUUUGGUCCACAGAAUUCAGAGUCAGUUUUAUGUUUAUUCUUUGAUUCUUUAUGUAUUAUGAAUUCUUUGUAGUCUUGUCAUUACGUUGUUCGUUCUUUAUGUAUUAUGAAUUCUUUGUAGUCUUGUCA